AUGUUUAUCUUCUCUGCAACUCUGCUUCUCCUAGCCCUUCCCUCCGUUACAGCUCACUGUCACGCGGACAACUGCUAUCGUGCAAUCAAGUCCUACCAGACGGCAACAGCAACUGAGUUCUGUAGCGAGUAUCUAGUUAGUGCAACUGUAGCGCCCUCCCAGUUCGCAUCAUGUGGUCCUUGUCGGCUCUCUAGUGCGUGUAGGUGCCUCGUCUCAAGCACCUCCGUUCCGAGCACUACCGCUUCAGAACCUCCUGCAACCAGCUCUACAACUCCACCAACCCCGACAGAGCUGAUUGCCAACGGUGGCUUCGAAUCCGGAAAUACUAGCCCAUGGGUGGUUGCGCCUGGUUCGGGCUAUUUGAGGAUAACCGACAACGAUGAAAGCACAGUCAAUUUUCCGUUUGAAGCUCACAGCGGCGAUAAAUUCGCCCAAAUCGGUAACACCGGUGAUGAGAGCCCCACGACACUCUCUCAGCCUGUCAGCUUGACAAGCGGGAUAACGUACUCCUUCAAGGCCUUCUAUAGUGUGCUGGACCUGCCACUGAGCAGCUGCUACUUGCAGGCCUCCGUCGACGCGAAUCCCUUCGCGCUCGCGACCAUUUACUCUGGCGCGGGCGGAGGCAACCCGCCUCGCUACUAUUUGUUAUCGGGAAGUUUCACAGCUUCAACCACAGGAAUAAGCAAUCUGGCCGUGGCACUCUGGUGUGAUUAUUCUAGUAUAGGGGGUGUCUUUGGCCUAGAUGAUGUUAGUCUGGUCUAG